AUGAUCAGGCACCUGCUCGGCGAUGAACUGGUGGAGGCCUACGCCGGACCGGAUCAGGGCGUCCAAAAUGUGAAGGCAUCAGAAUGGGAGCCUUUCAUCAGGACCAUGCCUCACUCCGAGUACCCCUCGGCCUCUGCGUGCCUUUGCGAGGGGUUUGCACGGCAAGUCGAGAACUUUCUUGGCAACGACAAGAUCGAGCCUGCUCUUCAGUUCCCCCCGGGUCCUCCACCCGCCGGCUUGAACGCAUCCCUGGAAUUCGCUUCCUGGUCCGAGAUUUCCCAAGUCUGUGGAGACAGUCGCGUCUGGAGUGGCAUGCACUUCGCGGGAGCCGUUCCAGCGGGAGCCGAGCUGUGCGGAGGCGAAGACAUGGCCAAGUCGAUCCACGACUCCUUUGAGCGUCUCAAAGCCGGGGACGAGAGCGCCGCCGUCUUCAAGAGCGACGUUGGCGAGCUGAUGGACGUUGUGUGGAAUUCCUGCAGAUUGUAG